AGUUUUAUGUGCAUAUAUACCUGAAAAAAUUCAGUUCAUUUAAGGCUUCUUUCGAGUCGAUGAAGAUGGAGAAACGACCGUACCGAUCCGUGAAAGAAGCUGUUGAGCUUUACGGUCAAAGGAUUUUAGCUCCCGAGCUCUACGCCAAUGUUCUUCAGGAGAUAGAGAGCGAAGAGAACGAACAGGAGAAGAAGCUUCUAAGGAUCAAAAGUGUAAGAGAUGAAUUGGAGAUUGCAAAGCAAAAUUUGGAGAAAGCCAAAGAAAGGAGUAUAGCUAUGGCACGAUCUUUCUCUUCCCUACAAGAAGAGCUUGAAGAGACAAAGCGAAAGCUCCAAAUGCUGAAAGAAAAAUCAGAUUACGCCAUUGAAUUUAAUGGCGAUUCUUUGAAGUUUGACUUCAAAACACAAUCGCAGAGAUUUGAAGAACAAGAAGAAAUUGAAGCCUACGGAAAAAGGCAUGCAAAAAUGAACGGUGAAGGAUUUAAGGAUAGCCCAUCUUCGAAGAACAAGAAGAAGAACAUGGCAAGCAAGAAGAAGAAGGCUAUAUUAUUUAUAGAAGGAUUUUUUUCCAAGAAAAAGAAUUGA